CCGCGAUGGGUCCCGCGGGGGCGCCGCCGGUGCCGUGAGUGCCCGGCCUCAGCCGGACCGGGCCGGGCCGCUCGGAUCGCCGGCAGCUGCGCCUUCCCCGCCGGGAAAAGCCGCUGGGGCACUGCCGAGCGGAGCUGAUGGCGGCGCGGCUGAAGCGGUGCGUGGUGCGGCGGCGGGGCGGGCCGGAGGGGGCUUGUGGUGUUCUGGCUAUUGACAAGGCCCGGGAACCCAUCACCUUGGUGUUGGCAGAAGAUGGGACCAUUGUGGAUGACGAGGAUUACUUCUUGUGUUUGCCAUCUAACACCAAGUUUGUGGCACUGGCCAAGGACGAGAAAUGGUCUGGCAAAAGCUUAGACAGUGGAACAUCCUGGCUCUCGGAGACUGUGGAUGAAGUGGACAGUGCUGCCGAGAAGUGGAAGCAGCUGGCCAGGCAGCUGAAGGAUGACCUGUCCAAUAUCAUCCUGAUGUCUGAAGAAGACCUCCAGGUGCUUAUUGAUGUGCCACGCUCUGACCUGGCAGAAGAACUUGCCCAAAGUGAAACCAAAAUCCGAGUGCUGCAGGACACCCUGCAGCAGGUGCUGGACAGACGAGAAGAAGAGCGUCAGUCAAGGCAGCUCCUAGAACUCUACCUAGAGGCCUUGAAAACUGAAGACAGUAUCUUAAGCAAAGUUGCAGAACCUCAGGCUGCACCAAGGAAGGAGAUGGAUGUUGUUGACAUAGGUACCAGCAGUACAGAUUCUUCAGCCACAACAGCACUCAGCAUCCAGGUCCUUGCUGCUCUGAAGGAGAAACCUGCUCCAGAGCUCUGCUUGGACAGUCAGGAUCUAGAGCUGGUGUUGAAGGAGGACGCGGCAGCCCUGGCCUCGGCCCUGGGCUGGGACAAGCAGAAGGCUGGAGCUGUGCAGGCAGCCUGUGAGCAGGAGCUCUCCAAGCGCCUCCGACAGGUGCAGGCUCUGCACUCCCUCCGCAGCACCUCCAAGGGCAAGAAGGCACUUCCCUGGGGGGACUGGCCCAGUGCAAAACGCAGAAAAUGACACUGCAGGGUGCUUGCAGUUUGGGUUUGCUUUUGCAUUAGAAUCAAUACAAGCAAAGACAUAUCCUGGAAACCAUAGUUUGCUGGUCAUACUGUGGUCUGGCUAUAGAACAACUAAAAUCUGGACAUUGUCCUGUGGCUUAAAUUCCUCUGGUGAUUUGAAUUGUGUAAGCAAAGGGAUUUUGACUUUUUGCAGAAUGCUAGGACAAUGGUAUUGCUAAGCACAGCAUGUGAAAGUGUUCAGCUUUCAAUACCUGGUUGGUGGCCAGCAGCUUCCAUCUGAUAAUGGUGGAUGCAGCUCCUGAAGCCCCAGGCAGGUUGCUUACUUUGUUCUCCCACCAUUUUCAGUGUAAAAAGGAUGGAGGAUCUCUGGAAGACACUUUGAGGCACUAGUGAUCAGACUAGUUAGUGAUCAGGACAGAGAGACUCCAGCCUGGGAUCUAGAAACUUGAAUUCUCACACUGAUUUAAUCAGUUAAAGUAAAUUCAAAGUCCUUCAACUUCAGUGCUUUUCCUGUAAGGAACUCCUGCCUCCUGGAUGCUGUGUAAGAGCUAUCAUGUAAAACACAGCAAAGGUGGAAAUAAUUGCUUUGCGAGGCUGUGUGACAGAAGACUUGCAUUUGGCUGCUGUCUUAUUCUCCUAACCAUUAGUGUAGCAUCAUGAUGCUCUUGUAUUAGCUGGCUUAUUUUUAAAUUUGUUAAAAUC